GGCAACCACUUCUGAUGUCAAGGAGAGAAGGGGUGGUCUGAAUUGAAUUGUAAGGACAGACUGAAGGCUUUGACAAUUCAGCUCUCAUUAUUCAACGGAUGAACUCUGACCAAGAGUCCUUUUAUGAUGACUAAAUGGACAACUCUUCACUGACCCUUGACUGAUCCUACAGCCCCCCCACCCCACAGCAUCAUGGGGGACAUAGUCCAGAUGCGAUUCAGUACUGUGGAUUACGUGAUUUUCGUUGUGCUGCUAGUAGCCUCUGCUGGAAUCGGGCUUUACUACGCCUUCUCAGGAGGUUGCCAGAGGACCACACAAGAGUUCCUGCUGGCCGACCGCAGCAUGCGCUGCCUUCCCGUGUCCCUUUCGCUGCUGGCCACAUUUCAGUCAGCUGUGGCCAUCCUGGGUGCCCCUUCUGAGAUUUACACACAUGGCACUCAGUAUUGGUUCCUUGGCUGCUCUUACUUUUUGGGCUUGCUCAUACCUGCACACAUUUUUAUUCCAGUUUUCUAUAGGCUCCGCCUCAGCAGCGCAUAUCAGUAUCUGGAGCUUCGCUUUAGUAAAAGUGUUCGGAUUUGUGGCACUUUGACCUUCAUCUUUCAGAUGGUGAUCUAUAUGGGAGUGGUUCUCUAUGCCCCAGCGCUUGCACUGAAUGCAGUAACUGGUUUUGACCUUUGGGGGGCAGUGCUGGCUAUGGGAUUGGUGUGCACGCUUUAUACAGCACUGGGUGGUCUGAAAGCAGUAAUCUGGACCGAUGUGUUCCAGACAAUUGUGAUGUUUGCUGGGCAGCUAGCUGUGAUCAUUGUGGGUACACACCAGGCAGGUGGCAUCGCUGAAGUAUGGAGGAAAGCACAAAAUGGCAGCCGUAUCUCAGGCCUUGACCUGAACCCUGACCCUUUGGAGAGGCACACAUUCUGGACUCUGGGAGUGGGGGGUGUAUUUCUCAUGCUGGCCCUAUAUGGGGUGAAUCAGGCACAGGUCCAGAGAUACCUCAGCUCCCGCACAGAGAAAGAGGCCAUUAUGUCUUGCUAUGCAGUGUUUCCAUGCCAACAGAUCGUGCUUGCGUUGGGGUGUUUAAUGGGUCUGGUUAUGUAUGCUCGCUAUGGGGAAGAGAGCCCCCUUGAUCAAGGCUAUGUCACAACGAAUGACCAGAUGGUAUUGUACUUCGUGAUGGAUGUGUUGAGAGAUCUGCCUGGCUUGCCAGGAUUGUUUGUCGCCUGCCUGUUUAGUGGAGCUCUCAGCACAAUCUCAUCUGCCUUCAACUCCCUGGCAACGGUUACCAUGGAGGACCUGAUAAAACCUCAUGUCCCAGUCAUGACUGAGGCCCGAGCCACCCUGCUCUCUAAACUCUUGGCUCUUGCCUAUGGGCUUGUGUGUCUGGCUAUGGCAUACAUAGCCUCUCUAAUGGGCUCUGUGCUGCAGGCAGCACUCAGUAUAUUUGGGAUGGUGGGGGGCCCUCUUCUUGGCGUUUUCUGUCUUGGGAUGUUUUUCCCUUGUGCCAAUUCCACUGGGGCGCUGGUUGGGCUGGCAGCAGGGCUGGUCAUGGCUUUCUGGAUCGGUAUCGGCAGCUUUGUUUCAAAAAUGUCUGCAUCUGUGCCACCUAUAAUGAAUGCCACUGUCAUGCCUGAUGUGGUAAACAUGACAACAGCUGUCAUGACAACAAUCAUCACAAGUAAACCCAGGCCAUCUGGAGUUCAGGCUAUAUAUUCAUUAUCAUACAUGUGGUACAGUGCUCACAACUCUGCUACUGUUGUGGUGGUGGGACUACUGGUCAGCUUCCUCACUGGGCCCAUGAAGGAGGAGGAGUUGAACCCAGGCACAAUUUACCCUGUACUGGGCAAUCUGCUAUUUUUUCUGCCCCAACGCUACAGGGAGAAAUUAUGCUGUGUUAAGCCAUUGGAUGACAAGUCCAAAGUUCUAGAUCAACAGCCAUACCAGAUGGCUCAGAAAGAGAGCAAUGGUGUUGCCUGCCUAAAAGAGGAAGACAAGCUCAGGGAAGAGGAUGGAGAACAGAUAACCACCCAGCCUACAUGUAACCUGGCCCAUAUGGUGCAGGAAACAGCCUUGUGAAAGCUGCCACACUGCAUCACUGUGCACAAUACUAAAGGGUCACUUAGGAACACGUCAGUUAUAGUGCCAAAUUGGCAUGCUAAUUUUCAACUUCAUUGUUCCCUCAUACUGAAUUGGGUUUGAUAGAUUUAGAACCCUAAGUCCAUAAGUAGUUGUGUGUAUUGUGAUGUCGUAAAAGGGCCCUCUACAAUAUUUUUAUGCUGUGCCCCAAACUGCCAAUGGUGGAGGUAAUAGAUGUCUUGUUUAUAUGUGGUACUUUAUGAUGUCAUGCCUGAUGUCUUGAAAUGUUGCAUAAUAUUUGGGAUUCUGUGAAGUGAAUUAAAAUGUGCUAGGAGAUGAGGUUGCUCGGACAUGACCAUACCCAAGCAGUUGUUUAAUCUACACUUUUAAACCAGUUUACAUGGCACAAUUUUAAUCUCAAGAGCACAUGAAUACCCAAUAUUUGAAUACUGUUGGGUCAUGAUUAGUGGUCAACCGAUUUUGUUUUAUGCUGAUAUCCAGACAGCAGGGUGGCCAAUGGCUGAUACAAUGGCAGUGUAAUUUAAUGAUAGCAAAUAUGAUAUAAACAAAAUUGGUGAAUGUAACACUUAUUUUUCUCAAUAUUUUUUCAAAAUGUGCACUAUCCAUUGGCAAGGCUGUCUGUAGAUUUUGGAUAUGACACUAGGCGGAAUGACCACUUCUGUUAAAUGACAGCUCACCCAAAAAUACAAUUCUCAUAAUUUUCUCACUCCCAUGCCAUCCCAGAUGUGUGUGUCUUUCGUCUGCUGAACACAGAGUUUUAGAAGAAUUUUUCUGCUCUGUAGGUCCAAUGUAAGUGAAUGGUGGCUUUGAAGGUCCAAAAAGCAUACAAAGUAGGCGUAAAAUUAAUCUAAACUAAUUCAGUGUUUAAAUCCAGAGAAACAGAUCAAUAUUUAAUUUUUACUAUAAAUCUCCACUUUCACAAUUUUUCCUCUUGUUUUUUGGUGAUUCGCUUUCUUUGUGCAUGUUGUCACCUACUGGGCAGGGAGGACGAUUUAUUUAUAUAUAUAUAUAUAUAUAUAUAUAUAUAUAUAUAUAAGGACUUCUCUCAAAUAUUUAUCUGUUUCUUUCCCACACCUAUAAUAUCCCUUCUGAAUACAUGGAUUUAACCUACUGACGUCAUAAGGAUUACGUUUAUGCCGCCUUUAUAUGAAUUUUGGACCUUCAAAGUUUCGGACCCCAUUCACUUGCAUUUUAUGGACCUACAGAGCUGAGAUAUUCUUCUACAAAUCUUAAUUUGUGUUCAGCAGAAGAAAGAAAGUCAUACACAUCUGGGAUGGCAUGAGGGUGAUUAAAUGAUGAAAAAAUGUUCAUUUUUGGGUGAACUAUCCCUUUUACUCGGCCAAUCAGCACAGAUAAUUGCCCGAUAUUAUCGAAUUAAUUGGCCUGACCAAUAUAUCGGUCUGUCACCAUUCAACAAAAGCACUCUUACUGUCAGGUUUGUGAUGGGUGGUUUACGUCAGGAUAGACCAUAGUUUGCACAAUUACUCAAAGUUUGACAGAGUAGUCAUUUAAUGUCAGUACCAUUCAAGGUAUGUUUGGGGUUUUUCUCUCCCAAAGAGUUUAUUUCGUCCAAAGUUCAUAACCAUUAGCCUUUCAUUUGUAUGCCUUUUGAAAGUGCAAUGGUUAAUGUGUAUGUUCAAAAAACCAAGCUCAAGUUUACAGCACAUUUAGAAUUGCAAAUAUUUCAUAUGCAAUGUAGUAAACUUUCAGCUUGGCAUUCAUGAAGAGACCAUCUGCAAUGAAGAUAUGUCAUAAUUGUGAUAGAUGUGAGAUACUGUGUUUAAUCUAAUGCAUGUUGAAUCUUUAGUUCCCUCUCUCUCAGUGAACUCUCAUUGAAGCCCAUCGUUCGUGAUAAGUGCCUCCUCAUAUGAAUGUAUGAUGUUUGUAGUUUUGUGACUGGAGUCUUGCUUUAGUUUGCCAUUUUUAACUUAACCCAAAUGGAGCAUGGCCCCACUGAUAGGAUAGUUUUUAAGCAUCUUAAAUUAAUAUAAAAAAUCUGAUUCUAUUGAUGCUUUGUGGUUUAAAAGCCUGGCUAACUAUCCAUUUAUCAUCUGAAAAAAGCUUGAAAUUUGUCAGGAUAAAAUAUAAUUUUGGUGCAAAUGAUUAUGAAGGAAACAGUCAAACAAGAGUUUAUAAAGUACUACGUUUAAAAAUGUUCUUCAUGAUUUAGACAUGAUAAUUAAAUGUUAUAACGCCACUGUUGUAUUUGAAAUAAAUCUUAGAUGUAGAAUUAAGGAUGCUUGUUAUUACAGUAUCAAGAGUAGAGACUAAUUGCAUAGAAUGUAAACCCCUUUGGGAAGUUUCUGACUAUAGUUCUCAGUAUGACAAAUUUAAUGAGUCUUAAAUGCAUAUGGAUUGAUAUAGUUGCACUUGUUUUUGUAAUUUGAUUGAUUGUUUCUUCUUGUUGUUAUAAAUGUCAUUUGUUAUGUCUUUAAAACAUGCUUUGCUGUCUAUUCCAAAUUCAGAUCUCAGUAAGCCAUACCAUUUGUAGUUGCUAUAUUAGAAAUGAGUUGAAUUCCAGAGUCUUGUAUUGUGCCUGUGAAAGAAAUUAUAGCUUUCUCUUAACCAUCUCUAUCUCAAAAGCACAGACAGUCCGUUAUAUUUGCAGUUCAUGUCGUGCUUGCUUGUAAAAGUCGCUCAUUUGUUUAUAGUUUCUUUUUGUCUUUAUUGUGGGCAUUUGUCUCCAAACAAUAAUCUUACGUGUAACCAUGUUCAUUAUACGUCAAAGGGUUUUACCUCCUGUCACUUAACUAAAGAUUAUUCUAUAUUUUAUAUAGGUUCCAUGCCUUUUGGAAAUAUACCGACAGGGAUAAAGUGACUGAACAGCGACAGCUAUUUUGACUUAAACAGUAUUAGAUGCAAAACUGGAAAUUGGUUGGCUGGGGGAUCUUAGUAUUAUGGCAACAGUCUGCAAUGAAACAUACAAUUAUGAUAUUUUAAUAAUUUAUUUAAUGCUCAUCAAAUUCAAACUGAUUUUAGUUUUCUUAAAGGACUUUUCCGGGUUCAUUACAAGUUAAGCGCAAUCAUCAGAAUUUGUGGCAUAAUAUAGAUGAACACAACAUUUUAUUUUGACUUGCCCCUUAUUUUCUUUAAAAAGGCAAAAAUAUGGGUUUCUAGUGAGGCACUUAAAAUGGAAGUGAAUGGGGCCAAUCCGUAAACGUUAAAAUACUAAUUGUUUCAAUAGUAUAGCCACAAGACAUAAACUAUAUGCAUGUUAACAUGAUUUUAGUGUGAUAAAAUCGCUUGCUAACCUUUUUUGUAUAAAGUUUUAUGCAAUUUUAUGUCAGUGAUGAUGGAAUGUCAGCAUACUAAAAGCCUAAAACGACUGUAAAAACAAUAUGAUUUAAACAACUAUACAGCUCAAAUAAUACAUGAGUUUAAACAGAAGAAUUAAUGUAAGAGCUUUUAUAAAAUUAUAAGCUUCACAUUUCUGCCUUUUUAAACCCUCCAAAAACUGGCCCCAUUCACUUCCAUUGUAAGUGCCUCACUGUAACCUCAAUUUGUGCUUUUUUCUUCUUUUAUUUUUUUAAAGAAAAAAGGGACGAUUCAAUUAUUUAUUAAUCAGCAUUAUGCCACAAAUGCCGUCUAUUGAGCUUAACUUGUAUUGAACCUGGAAUAUUCCGUUAAAACACAAUGCCACUCAUUCUUAAUCCAUGCCAGUUCAAUUUGUAGAUUAAUAGCUUGAAAACCAUUUAUUUCUUGACUGAAAAUUAGAAGAAAAAAUAUAUAUUUUUGUGCUUGAUUUUGGUAACUUGAGCAUUCAGAUCAAAAAGGGUCCACUACAAAUAUAUAGUACAGAUCCACUUAUUCCAAAGCAAGUGUCUCUGUAAAUGUUUUAAAGACAUGUUUUCACCAGUAGUGUCCUACAUAUUUGUAAACUGGAUGAAUUGCAUGUUAAGCUGCCAUUUGUCACACCUGAAAUUACUUGAAUUAUGUGUGUAAAAAUGCUUUCUUAAAACACCUGAAUCUAUAAAGAUGUAGAGCACAUGCAUUUACAAACUGAAUCUUUCAUUCUAGAUUGUUCCGUUGAACAUUUACCUUUCUCCUAAGAGCAUAAUUUCCUUUGAGUGAUGAAAGAAGGAAAUCUAUUGCCACAGGCAGGGAUACAAUUAUUAUAAACUAUGCUGUCCUACAAUCUUAAGCUGUGUAACCCUGAGAGAAUCAACCGUAGGUGACCUAUAUGAAAGAGAGAGAAAAAACACUGAUCUUUACUGUGAGAAUUGUUUUCUAUGACAUUUUUAAAUACUCAUUUUAUAUGGAGAGUAAGCAUAACAUUUGUUAGUACAUUCAAAAUAAAUAUUUCUAUAGCAUAAUAUUUGUUUAUAUAAAUAUUAUGAGAAUAUUUAUUUUUGCAGAACGUUUCCUUGCUAUUUUAUUUUCCUAAAUAUGCAUUCCAGAAAUCCAUAAGCAAUGGAGUCUGACCAGCUUCAUUGCUUUGGUUGUGCCUUCACUCAGUGUCUCUUUAUUUGAUUGGUCAUGAAAGUUCUCACAAAGAACUUUCCAUUACAUGAAAAAGAGGCAGUCUUAUGGCCUGCAAGGCGUCUAUAGCGAUGAUACUUCUAUUAAUAUAGAUGAAUACUGAGGAACAUAGUGUACGUAGUCACACUAGCUGGCAUUGUACGUUGAAUCAUGAACACUAAUUUUUCCUCUUAAUAAAUUGUAUGUAAUGAGAAAGCAAUUCAUGUAUUUGUCUACAAAUAAAAGAAAAUUGUC